AACAGCCCGUUUGAUUUCGAAUUUUCCCUGCAGUUUUGUUGCUUCAUUAGCUGACAGUAGACUUGCUCAUAAUAAAUUAAAUAAAUAGAAUAACAUUCGUACAACCACUCUCACUUGAAAGUAUAUCAGUUGAAUCACUUCAACUUUUCCUGAUCCUGACUAUAGAUAGACAAGAGAAGAUAGUAUAUAACUACAUUAGAGAUAUAAAUCCGCACUCAGCUUUUCCCAUCUUUCACUACUCGCACUUUCUUGAUUUUCGAAUUUAGUUCACCCCGGUGUCAAUUUCUUUCCUGUUUAGGGAAUAAAGCAUUUGGGAGGGAAGUAUGACUGGUAUUUUGAACACAUUAUGUACGGUUUUGGCCUGCUUGAGUGUGGGAAUCGUCGGGAGUUAUGUGGCGCAUCCGAAUCGUGAUCCGCAGGUCGUUAAACUUUUCACUCGCCAAGGUGUAGCAAACCAAUAUCCACCUCCAGACAUUCCUGGGCCUAGACCUAGAGCCGAGUGGAUAGAUGCACUAAAUAGGGAAAAGCAAGCAGGCCGCAUACCCCACUUGAAGCCUUCCAUCAAGACAGCCGACCAAAGUGUAAAGUACGACCCAGGAGUUAAUGGUUCUGAUCCAAAGAUUUGCAGUUGGACAAUUGGGUGUCGGUCACCUACAGACAUUACUGAUGCCCCUGCAGGAAUGAUGGGAAUAAGCUUUGACGACGGGCCAGAGCCAGCUUCAUCACAGUUGAUGGAAUUCUUGAAAUCAGUUAAUCAAACAGCUACUCAUUUCAUGAUUGGAAGUCGAAUUCAGCAAUCGCCGGACGCUUUUGCCGUUGCACUGAAACAAGGAGGGCACAUCGCCGUCCAUACCUGGAGUCAUCCGCUGAUGACGACAUUGAGCGACACCGCUGUUUUGGGAGAGCUCGGCUGGACUCUUCAAAUCAUAUUCGAUUUGAGUGGUGGAAGGUUACCCGCUUUUUGGAGACCCCCAUUCGGCGACGUUGAUAACCGAGUUCGAGCUAUUGCAAAAAACGUCUUUGGCUUGCAGACAGUAAUCUGGAACCAAGACACAAAUGACUGGUGUUUGACUCCUCACAACACCAACACGUGUGGAGCCGAAGGGCCUUCAAAUGAAGCAGCUCUUGACCUUGAGAUGACCCGUUUCGUCAACAUGCCAAAGAAUCCUGGAUUGAUCAUAUUAGAGCAUGAGUUGACUAUUCAUUCAGUGCGCGGGUUUACACAUGCGUGGCCCGCGAUUCAAAAAGCCGGAUGGGACACGCGGCCUAUUCCAUCCCUUUUCAACGCACCCUGGUAUCAAAACGCGAAAGGUGCUUACGAUGAGGCCAUCCACCUCACCAGUUUAUUAAACGCGUCUGAAGUUGUGGCGUCAGCUCGAGCGCGUUUGGCGGACACUUCUAACAGCACAUCUGCAAACUCACCGCUCAACUCCACAGUACCUGUGCCCCCUGCCAUAACAUCUCCACAAGUUCGAGGAAGCAUAUCCGGCACAUCGCACAAGAGAUCAGCCUUCCAAAUUUUACAUUUGAUUUUUGUCCAAGGCCUCAUCCUGACUGUGAUGUAACUCACUGUCAACUCAGAAAUCAGCCAACCCUUCUCAUUUUCGUCUGAGCUUGAAGAGAAACUACACAUACAGACAAAAUGAUGUUUCUUCCAUUUACGCACUACUUAUGUUUCGCACAUGUUCAAUCCUAUAAAUAGACAGACGUAAACCUAAUCGACUGACUUAUCGCCACGAUACCUUCUAGAUUGUUUCUUUAAUCCAUCCUUUUGGUUUCAUGCAUUUUUAUGGCAGCUCUCAUUUCUGCCUCGUGACGGCAUUCAUAUCACCCUAAACUCCUCUUGAGAUAUUUGACAAUUCAAUUCUACCAUUUUCUACCAUCCGCGCUGUGUCUCAACUCGUCAUUGCCCAUCACUCCUUCAAUGGCUUCACAGUCAAGAUGUUUGCUGUAACCGACAUGCUGGUUUUGACCAAUGCAAAUUUCGAGAAUUUUCAAAAAAAAAACUUUGUGUUUU